UCUUGUUUAUUAAUAAUUCCAUUGCAAUCACAAGUUAUUGAAACAUAUCAAUACAUACAAAAGUGAGGAAACCACUAUCUUUUUUGAAAACCUUCUAACUGCCCCCAUCCUUUUAUCUCCCUUUGUCUUUCAGACACUUCAAUUGAUGGCUUCCAUGCCAGAAAAUGAUGAUAAAUUAAACGGAGAGCUGUACAAUGCUCUACUGAAAGAAGAGAUGGAGAACGUGAUAAAACUCUGUGAACGUGUUCCUGACCAUGCAAUGCACGUAGUGACCAUACACAACGACACAGUGCUCCACUUGGCCACUUACUCAAAACAAGCUGAAUUGGUACUUGGACUUCUGCAAGCAUUGCCUCACCACCUUAUCGAGAAAAUGACCACCUGCAAAAAUGUUACCGGAAACACUGUCCUCCACGAGGCUGCUACUCUCGAUGACCGCUCUGUCGAGAUAGCAACGAAGAUGUUAGAGAAAGCCCCAGAGUUGUUAAACAUAUGCAACGAGCUUGGAGAAAGCGUACUCUUUCAGGCAGCCCGCUACGGUAAGACACAGAUUUUCAACUUUCUGGCGGAUAUAUUUUCAAAAUAUGAUGAAGCUAAGCAGAAACUAUUUAGCCAGAGGACUGACAAAACCACUAUGCUUCACAUCGCCAUCCUUGCUCGCCACUUCGAUUUGGCUCUGAACAUAGCAAGACGGUUCGGACAUAUAGUUGGUGAAAGAGACCAUGAUGGGAUGACAGCUCUUCAGCUUCUGUCAUGCAACCCCUCUGCUUUUGAACCAGCGCGCAGACGUGGAUUCCUCAAGAGAAAUUCCAGCAACGUAGUUCCGAACAGUCACGAAUCCGCGUUGGAUCUUGCCAAACUCUUAGUUGAAAAAGAUACCUCAUGGAAGUUUACUAGUUCUAAUGUGGACGUGGGUAAGCCAAAGCCGCACAAUUUUGGUUGUCCCCCUAAAGUUUCAUCUACUUAUGAGACGGGAGAAAGCCAAGAAUCCUCGUUGGGGCUCUCCAAACUCUCAGUAAAAGAAGAUACCUCGCGGAAGUUUACUAGUUCAAAUGUGGACCUCAGUAAGUCAAAGCCGCAAGAAUAUGGUUGUCACUCUGAUGAGAUUGGAGUUAGUUCUCGUCAACGACUGAAACAAGGAGAGGUUACACCGCUGUUUCUAGCAACUAAGUCGGGCUGUGUAAAGAUUGUUAAAGAAAUACUUAGAAUAUACCCUCAGGCAGUAGAGCACAUAGAUGAUGAAAGGCAGACCAUAUUGCAUGUAGCUAUCAAGUACCGCCAGUUGGAGGUUUUUGAGCAUGUGUCUAAAAUGGAAGUACCAAUGAGGUGGUUGGUACGAAGGAUUGAUAUCAAUGGGAACACCAUUUUGCAUAUGGUUGGAAUGCCAAGGCAUGAUUAUGUACCUGAAAAGAUGCUGGGCCCUGCACUUCAAUUGCAAGAGGAGCUGCUCUGGUUUGAGCUUGUAAAGUCAGUUACAAAAGGCGCUUUCAUUUAUCAUCGGAACAAUAUGAAAGAGACUGCUGAAGGCUUAUUUGCUAAUACCAAAUCUGAUCUCCGGAAUGCAGCGAGAGAUUGGCUAAUUCGCACAGCAGAAGGAUGCUCCAUAGUGGCAGUUCUAAUGUCGACAGUUGCCUUUGCGGCUGCCUACACAAUACCAGGAGGUCCUAAUCAGAAUACUGGUGUUCCAGUCCUUCUCAAUGAACCUUUCUUUGUGGUUUUCACAGCAACUGAUGUACUCUCACUUGCUUGCGCUUUGACAUCAGUGGUAAUGUUUCUUUCAAUCCUCACAGCACCAUUUCGAUUGGAAGACUUCAAGCAUUCCCUUCCUAACAAGCUCAUGCUAGGCUUCACAUUUCUGUUUUUCUCCGUUGUAAUGAUGAUGAUAUCGUUUUCUGCUACAAUCAUCCUCAUGAUACGUACUAAAGAAAGGUGGACAAAAAUUUUCCUCAAUUCCCUUUCUUUCCUUCCAGUCGGCAUCUUUGCACUGGCAUAUCUCCCGCUCUAUCUUUCUCUAUCAAAGACUUACAAGUACUUGCUGAAGAAAAUUAUACAGGCAUUUCCUUGCCGUUAUUGGUUUCCUGCUGCUAUGUCUAAGAACACCAGCUUGUACUACAGGGAUCGAAAACCUGAAAUCCGUAGUUCCUUCAUUCACCUUCAAGGUGGGACAAAUAAUAACUGCAGUCGUGACAACGCAGAGAGAGGGGAGUUUUGUUCCCAGAAUACAUCACAGGCCGCGCAAUGUUCCGUUUAAGAAAGCCAAAUUGUUACACUUACGCAAAGCAUUCUUAAUAUAAUAUUUAUAGGAAUUCUUCGUGGGCACAAGAGUGACAAACACUAGUGUUGAUAUGUAUAUUAACUCUUGAACUUAUGUCUACUGUAAUAUUG